UUAAAGAACUACUAUAAUUAUAACAGUAACAACAAGUUGUUCUUUUCAACUAUGUCUACGAUGUCAAGUGGAAACAAAGCUGAUAGAUUGGUAUGGGUGGACUUGGAGAUGACAGGUCUUGACAUUGCCAACGAUUGCAUUAUGGAGAUGGCCUGUAUCGUAACAGACGAGCACUUGAACAUAAUUGAGAAGGGUCCUGACUUGGUCGUACAUCUGAGUGAUGACACACUCAACAAGAUGAAUGAUUGGUGUACAAAGCAUCAUGGUGAGUCUGGCCUCACUGAGAAGUGUAGACAAUCAAAACUAUCAAUCAAGGAUGUCGAGAAACAGAUGGUGGACUUCAUCGCCAAACAUGUGGAGAAGGGAAAGUGUCCACUGGCAGGCAACACAGUACAUGAGGACAAGAAGUUCUUGUUGAAAGAGAUGCCAGCCUUUGUCAAUAUGUUACAUUACCGCAUUGUGGACGUGUCCACUGUCAAGGAGUUGACAAGAAGAUGGUACCCUGACAUAUUUGCCAAAGCACCUCCCAAGAGAUAUCUACACCGCAGCCUUGCCGACAUAGAAGACAGCAUUGAAGAGCUUCAAUACUAUCGCGCUACCGUAUUCAAAUGA